CACAGAUUACAUUGGAAAGAAAUUACACGGAAAUAUUGCAGGUCAAAUAAACAUUUCAUUAAGAAUAACGUUAAUCAGGCUGAGAGGAAUGGGGCGUUAAGCAAUCUUAUCUCCGCAUUGCAGCCCGUAGUCGCUCUUAGGCGCUACACUCCGUUUGGUAAGUGGCGGCACUGCAGCUAAAUCUUGGUUUGUCAGUCUGCAAAUGAAGUACACAAAAACAGAAGAAGAUAGCACGCUGAUGUUGUUGAGGGGAGUGGCUUUUCUGUAGCCGACAUUCAGCAACUCACGUUGUGUCAUAACACUCCUCUACACGCAAUACAAAACUUGUUACCUCCACGCGAGAGCUACAAAAAGAGCUUCAUCAAGCAGAAUGAUGUUUGGAGCAGUGGUUGUGGGCAUUGGGACAGCGGGUUGGGUGAGGAUCAGAGACAUACUAGCUCCACUGCAGGGCAGUUCUGCUGAGAAACUCAGUGUCAAAGGAUUCAUCUCCAGGAGAAGUUUGGAUAGUCAGCAAGGAGUAACUCAGAUUUCUGUCGAAGAGACUCUCACCAGAAAAGAUAUUGACGUAGCGUUCAUCUGCACUGAGAAUGCAUCACAUGAAGAUAACGUCAGAACAUUUCUGCAAGCAGGGAAACAUGUCUGUGUAGAGUAUCCCAUGGCACUUAACUACAAAACUGCUGUGGAGCUCUGGAAUUUGGCACAGGAAAAAGGGUUGAUUCUUCAUGAGGAACACAUAGAACUUUUUUCAGAAGAUUACAAAUGGCUGAAAAAGGAAGUCAAAGGGAAAACCCUGCAAGAAGGAACUCUUCAUUUUACAGGUGGAGUUCUGAAGCCUGGAUUCGGUUUCAUGGCAUUUAGUGGCAUCGCACGCCUCACCUGGUUGGUUGAGUUGUUUGGGGAGCUCUCUGUAACUGCAGCAACCAUGGAACAGGACAUUAGCAACAACUACAGCAAGAUGACUGCAAAGAUGCUAACUGCUGACCAAAAACCGCUGACAUGGAUUGAGGAACGAGGACCAGGCCUCCAAAGAGCCAAAAAUAUCAACUUCCAAUUUGUUUCCGGAUCACUAACUGAAAUCCCGCCAUCACCCAGAGGGGCUGUGGGUCUUUUCAUGCAAGAUCUGAUCCAUUUUUCCGCCAAGCUGAUGGGCCAAGUGAGCCAAGAGGAGCUCCAGAAAGAGAAAAUUAGGAUCCUACACUGCUCUGAACUGGCAGACAGAAUACAGCAACUCUGCGAAAGAUGAAAAUCUUCUUGACAGUACUCUUGAUUCUUGUUUCAAACUUGAAUUUAUUUUUCCAGUGUGCACUUAAGUUUCACAUUGUGCGUAGAGGUGUGAACAAAUGAUGUUAGUUGGAUUGCAUUAUUUAUAACUGUCAUUUUUAGUGUGUCACACAACACAUUUCUAACAACAUUAAGAUGUUUGUAAUGUAACUAAGCCAAUACAAAAACAAAGAUGUGCAUUCAAACAUACUUUUUUGCAGAAAAAAAAUAUUUGCAAAUAUUCACUCAACUUGAAUUUGAUAACUGCAAUUAAAAAAGUGGAAUGGUCAUGUUUUUCAGUGCUGCAAAAACCUUUGUUUAAACAACCACUUAGUAGACUACAUCCAAUCCUAGCUGAUGUAUGGCAAGAGGCAUGGUAACCAAAAAACACAGUACACAAAGACACACCUUACACAUACAUAUUGGCGAACUUCAGCCAGGAAGGCUCUGACCUAGAUUUAAAAGUGCCAACAUCAACUGUCAGGACAGGAGCCUGACCGUACCUGCACGAUAGGACAGCUCAGUAUCUUUCCACGUGACAAAUUGAUGGUCGGUAUCAGGUACUUUGAGGAUGGUAGCAUGAAUGAAGCGGCACCGGAUGUUCUGAUAGGCAUCUUUGCCUGCAGUAUUGUUGUUUGUGGCAGCCCUUUUAAUUUCCGUUUUAGUCUGUCUUUUGGACCACAACACUUAUUAGUCUUAGUCACAUUUUAGUCAUCUCAAAAUGUGUUUCUCUGCGUCUAGUUUUUGUUGACAAAAACUCAAGACAAAUUUCGUCUUAGUCGCCAUUUUCUAAAAAUGUUUUCAUCUGUAAAAUUAAAUGUUACUCCAAAAAUUAAGCUUUCCAACUAUUUCGAAUGAACAUUGACAGAUAAGCACAUAUUGUAAUGCCUACAAGGACAACGCCAACUUGGUUAUAAUACCCAGUAAGAAAACAGUACAUUAUUUUCAAUGAAUUAUACCCACCUGAACGCCACAAACUUAUGUAAAAAAAGUUGUCCAAGAGUUUAAGAAGAUGCAUGGCAUUAGCAUAAGCCUAAAGCUAACGCGAAUGCUAUGCUAAUGCUAUAAGUUACAUUUAAGGCGUGAUGAUCACUCAGCACAGACCUUUAAAGGCCAACGUGACAUUGGAUAUUCUUUCUGGCAAAGAUUAAAAAAACAUAUCUUACCGUGUGUGCAAGCCUGGAGAGCAGGAGCACGCACAUGAGUGACACAACCAUACACUGCUACGAUGCAGGUAACUACAUUUAAAAUGUCACACAUUGUGAACGUUGCGGAAACUAUUGUUCAUUUUCGUCUCGUCAGACGAAAACUGGCAUUCGUCUCGUUAUGUUUUAGUCUCCCAAAACAUGUUUUUAGCUC